GUCGACGGGAUACCGGUUACCCGGGGUGCCACUCACAGCGACACACACCACCACCACUAUCGCCACUAUCACACAUCUAUAAUAGCUACAAGGAGAAGGAGAUGGCCACCCAAAAUAACGUUUGUGCUGUUAAUUUGGCGUUUUUGCUUGUAUUCGUGUUGAUUGUCCCGGUUGAUGCCUCUUCUGAUCGGACGAAGACGGUGGAGUUUAACGUUAAACCGGGAGGAGUGGUGCACACUUUCACUGAGGCGAUUAGGGAGUAUGAAUGCUCAUUCACUUAUGCUUCACAAGGGGGAACCAAUGAGCAAUGGUUGAUGAGUGUGGGUUUGAGUGACGACGACAGACUGUUUUCCUGCUCUGUGUGGAGGCCCCAGGGGAAGUCUUACCUGUUUUUCACUCAAUUCAAAGCUGAACUUAAGGGAACCAAAAUUGAAUAUGCAAAUGCAUAUUCUCAGACGGCAGCAGCAGGACAGAGUGACAUGCCUUUGAAGCCGGAGGAAUUUACCAUAGGAGACUCAACAGUGACCCACAGAGAUGGAAAGUUCAGCGCUCAACUCUCCAAACUGACUGCCAUUGGACGGACACGACACGAUGAGCUGUAAUUGGUCAGAAGUCUGACUUGGUUUUGGUCAUGUUUUGAGCCCUGAGUUGGGCUUCUGUGUUCCGCUCAGGAGUCAAUGAAGGAUGGAUUUGUGGGUGUAACAACUUAAAAUUGAAGUGGGAUGAUACUGAUAUAGCACUUUGUGCGUCAGUACACAAAUUACCUGGUAUAUUUUUGUAAUGGAUUUGAAAAUGCUGUUAAAAAAUACAGAAAGGCAUCAGUUUAGUAUUCUUAUUUUUUUUUUACUACAUAAUGGCCUAGUUAAAAUUCUGCCAUAGGAUACAGUGCUUCCAUAGUUGUUUCUUAGUUUCUGAGGCUAUAAGAUUUACAGAGAGCAAAUCUGUUCUGAUCCACUGAGGACAUUUGUAAAUGUAUAGAGGACUGGUGUUUGGGGGCUAGAUAACACAUUUAGAGUAGGGAGGGAUUUAUCCAUCUCAUAUAAUCCUGAGAGGAAAGUGAAUAAUCUCCAAUAGCGUCACGCACGCACAUAUACAAUUACAUUUUCCUCAAUCUGGUCCUGUUCUGAGCUGAGCUCCUCACUCUCUGUCUGUUUAUAUUGAUGCGUUCUUGAUAACUGUAAGCACACAUUUUAUCCCCUAAAUCAUCAAUCGGUACCACUUGUGAUCACUUUUUGUUAUGUUUGUGUUUUUGGCCAGAAGGGAUACCUGUAAUAGAGCAGAUAACAGCUUCAUAACAUCAAAUUAAGAGAAAGAUGUACAGAAUACACUGAAGAUCAGUUAAUUUUUUGAUAAAUCCUAAACAGUGUCUAUGUGAAUUAAUUGUUGAGAAAAUAUGAUAUAUGGUAUAAAUGAUUAUUAUUUUAUUUGAAAUGACCUUAAUCUUGAUCAUUUUAAUAAGGCACUUAUAAGUUUACUUAUUUGUCUUUUCUAAUUUCAGGAUAUUUCAGUGACUUCACAAUUACACUGUUUGAGAUUUACCCCCCAAAAAUAUAUAUUUAAGGCGUGCAGGAGCUGCCAUCACAUAUUCCUGGGCCUUUCUUGAACUGUCUGCUUUCAUCCUUCAGUGGCACAUGUAUGGAUCAGCGGGGAUAUUGUGCAGGUUUCAGAAGUACAUGCUCCCUUAUGUAGCUAGUAGGAUUGUCUUCAUAUUCCUCACAUUGAUCCAAUCUUCUUAGAUCUACACAAGUGUCCACAAGAUGAGUUCUGGGGAUUGAUUUCAGAUUUGAGGAUUGUGCUGAUUUAAUUCUGUGGUUGGAUUACUCACUGAGAUUCGUGCCUUGUUUGGUCUGGGUGUGGAUCCUCUCAUCUGUCUAGAGAUGAUCCUCUGGAGUUGAGGAAACGCUCAGCUGGGGACGUUAGUGUGUCCCUUUGUCACCGUCCUCCCUCUGGGGUCACAACAGGAAGUAACCACAUCCGGAUGCUGAUCCAGAAUAGAAAGAUACACACAAGAUGUUGCUUAUUUUGUACAUGUUUUCUUUUUUUGUCUACUUCUUGACUGUUCUGAUUCAUGAUGGAUGUUUGAAUAAAGACAUGUCAUCGUUCUGGAGAUAA